AUGAUCCUGUACAGCUUCCUCGUUGCCCUUGUGGCACUCUUCUUUAGCAGUGUUGUGUCGGCGUCGGACCGCUGCCGCCCCAUUGAGAAACUGCGAGGCAUCAACCCGAAUAUCCUUGCCCUGCCGAACGUAACAUUUUUCUUAGGUAAUGAGUACUUCUGUGCUGAGAAUGCUCCUCGCCAAUUCCACUGCCAGUGCAGCGUUGCCUCCGUCUGUACGAAGCAAGAGGAUCCUUGGGGUAGGGAUAUUGGGGUGUGCAGCUGCUGCCCCUGGUGGAUGAUUAUUCUAUUUGUCGUGCUUGGCGCCGUCAUGGUAGCGUCCGUGAGUACUGUCCUCUACGUCUGGUGCUGCCGUGGGAAGUGGUGGUGGGACGGGUAUCCGCCGCCGGUUAAGUUUGUCAUGUGCCGCCGCGGACCCGCCACUGUUGUACCCACCACAGGACCGCUGCCACCGAACCUCUUUCGCGGAUACCGUAUUUCAGACUUUGUGAGCGGAGCAGCCGAGCCGCAGCCAACGCGCGUGGCCGCCGCGGCAAGUAGCAACGAUGAGUCAAGGCGUGUGCCCAAUGAGUACCCACAGCAGUCGCAACAACAGUCACAACAACAGCAGCAACGACAACAAGCACAAGUUCGCCUUUGUGAGCGGAACUCAUGGCUUUCCCCACCCGAGGCAUCCCGAGGUGUCGAGAGCACGCUGCGGCGCUGA